AUGGCUGCAUCUCAAAUCCACAUAGAGGAAGUGGUGGAUGGAGAAGGAGGCUACUUAGGGGCAACUCCUCCUCCUGAUGACCACCUCCUGAACCUAAAGGUCCUCACAGAGAAACUGAGGCUGCAGACCCGGAGGCCUUCCUACCUGGAAUGGCAGGCCAAGUUAGAGGAGCAGACAUGGAGUUUCCCCAGGUCUUCUGAUGAACAGGAGAAAGAACCAAGGAAAUCCAGGGAAGAGGAAUUAUCCCCUGUAAGGAAGCUGCAACAGCUACAAGAGAGUCCCACCCAAAACCAGCCACCUCUGACUCACAGAAAACUGGAUACCUUUGAGAGUAUAGAUGAAGCUUUGCGUUGGCUAAGGAAGGAACUGGAAGAGAUGAGGUUGCAGGAUCAGCAAUUGGCCAGGCAGCUGAUGCGCCUUCGCAGUGACAUCAACAAGUUGAAGAUCGAGCAGACCUGCCACCUCCACCAGAAGAUGCUCAACGAUGCCACCUAUGAGUUGGAGGAACGAGAUGAGCUAUCUGACCUCUUCUGUGACUCCCCCUUGGCUUCCUCCUUCAGUCUCUCCACGCCACUUAAGGUCAUUGGAGUAACCAAGAUGAACAUAAACACCCGAAGGUUCUCCCUCUGCUGA